AUGCUCGGCUUCGUGGAUGUCAUCGUCACCGUCCUCGAAGGGGAGAGGCUACAGGCCGUCCUUGACAUGUUUACCUGUGUCUGUGGUGCGUCGCACAUGUUUACGGCGGUCAUGGUCUCUCGAGAAGGCCAGAGCAUUUUCAACGAGAUAGACAGCCUGUUAGAGAGACUACGAAACAGACUCGUAGCAAGCACGAUGGAGGAGGUGUGGACACUCGUUGAGGAAGAUGACUCAUGGGCUAUCGAGAUCCCACGAGGAGGAGGCGACGUUCACAAGAACACUCGGUUCACCAUGGAUUGCAUGCUAUCCAUGAUAAAUGCACAGACUUCAACGCGACAUUUUGCACCGAGCCACAACUCUGAAAACCACAUUGGUGGCCUGAUCGAUGGCACAAUUGAUUAUCUCAACGGUUUGCUCUUCACAAAAUCAGAGUCAUGCUCGGAUCAAAGCCUCCGGUAUCUGUUCCUGCUCAACAAUUCCUAUUUCGUAGCUCAUGUGGUGUACGAGUCAUCAGGAUCGUUCAUUCCUGAUGUUCCCUGGGACCUCACACUUAAGCUUACGCCUGAAUGUACGAAGUACAUGGAUAGUUACCUCAAUGUUUCCUGGGGACCUGUGCUCUCCUGCAUACCAAAAUUGAGAUCUCCUGGGUUGAUCCAUCAUUUGAUCAACACCCCUUCACUGGCCAAAUUCGAGUCGGCAUUUCACAAAACCUACCAGGCUCAGAAGUUCUGGAAGGUUCCGGACCCUAAGCUCAGAGAUGUACUGCGGAGGGCUAUCACUGAAAGAGUCAUUUCAGGUUACCGCGACUACCUGGAGGAGCAUCCGGAGCUAGAGAAGCACGUUGGCCGCGAAAGCAGCAGUCCGGACGGUUUAGAGGAGAUGUUGGGAGAACUAUUUGAAGGAUGA